GGUAAAACUUUUAGACAUCCGACCAACUCAGCUCAGUCUGGUUGUAGAGCUCUGCGAGCACAGGACCACCUACCCGUAUAAGCUUCUCACGAUUUGUACACGUUUUCGAACCGGUUUCUGCAACACGUGUUAACAGGACAUACGGAAUAUACGUGCCGGCACUGAUUAGUUUUCUGUAGUAUAACCAGUUUUGGAAUAAUACAGAAAACAAUAAUCUAUUUUCGUUAUAUUUAAACUUAAAAAUCGAAGACUGAAACUCCAUUGCCUGGUAUCCUUGUGAUCAGAGGACGGUGUCGCUCGGCGAGGAAGCCGACAAAAGUAAAGAGCCGACCAUCACAAGUCAACAUCUGACAGCAGUGACAGUGACGUACACGUCAACGUAGAAACAAAUAUGAGUGCUUGGAGAUCCCGCUUCCACGAUAAGUGGCCGCAUCUGACGAACCUGAACUCCAGCUCGGAGGACCUCAACACGAAGGAGGAUAAGUACUUCAGCCAUAUGCUGGCCUACGACAAUGGCGUGGACUACCAGGAACUACAGGGCGCGUACCGAUUCUACUACACCCCGAGGGACGGCGACGUCGUCAUGCCCGUGCCCACGUAUCACGCCAAGGACGAUGUUGUCAGCACCACCGACGCCUCCAGUGACGACACCGCCAAGAGGAGAUCCAACCGGAAAUUCUGCGUUUUCGUCAUCCUCCUUUUUCUUCUCGUCAGCAUCAUCAUCAGCUCCAUCGUCGUGUCAGUCAUACUUACACAGAAGUCAUCCGGUGCAGUUCCAAUUGAGCGCGUGCAGACCAGUCUCCGAGUGACAAAUAAGACAUAUACCCCUGAACUCGCCAACCCCGGAAGCUCUGAGUUCAAGGCGGCAGCCACCGAGUUCUGCAAACAGCUGAAGGAGACGUUACUCCUUGACGACUCCCCAUUGAAGGGCAAGGACUUUAGCUGUAAAGUACUGGAGAUAAGAAAUGGCAGUUUAAUCUUUAUCUACGAGCUGGUAGUGCCAAGGGGCGGAGCCAGCCUGGGAUCUACGUUCAAUGACCUCUUGGCGCAGUUCAUCAUUGCCCAAUCAAAAGAUGGAAAAGUCGGAACGUUGAACGUCGACCCCGACAGGGAGUGUGGGGUAUUAACUACGUCGUCAAGCGACGUACAGACUGAUGCAGAAUGUCCUCCAAUACCCAGUACCACAUCAUCGACUACAUCAACGCCUCCAUCAUCAAACACAGUUCAGUCAUCCCCAGCUGCAGUUUCAGCUUCGGUACAGGCGUCAUCUACUUCGACAGAGCCUUCGUCAUCAGUUGCUGGGCAGUCUGUAAUACAAUCUACUACGCCAGUAACGUCUUCGUCGUCAGCCGUGACACAAUCUUCAACAGCAAUUGCCCAGUCGACAUCUGCCUCAGUCGAAGCCGCAACGUCGUCAUUGCAGUCAUCGUCGGCUGUGACACAAUCUUCAACAGCAAUUGCCCAGUCGACAUCUGUCUCAGUCGAAGCCUCAGCAACGUCGUCAUUGCAGUCAUCGUCGGCCGUGACACAAUCUUCAACACCUGUUACCCAGUCGACAUCUGCCUCAGUGCAAGCCUCAGCAACGUCGCCCUUGCAGUCAUCGUCGGCCGUGACACAAUCUUCAACACCUGUUGCCCAGUCGACAUCUGCCUCAGUGCAAGCCACCGCAACGUCGUCCUUGCAGUCGUCGUCGGCUGUGACACAAUCUUCAACAACUGUUGCCCAGUCGACAUCUGCCUCAGUGCAAGCCUCCGCAACGUCGUCAUUGCAGUCAUCGUCGGCCGUGACACAAUCUUCAACACCUGUUGCCCAGUCGACAUCUGCCUCAGUGCAAGCCUCCGCAACGUCGUCCUUGCAGUCAUCGUCGGCUGUGACACAAUCAUCAACACCUGUUGCCCAGUCGACAUCUACCUCAGUGCAAGCCUCCGCAACGUCGUCCUUGCAGUCAUCGUCGGCUGUGACACAAUCUUCAACAACUGUUGCUCAGUCGACAUCUGCCUCAGUGCAAGCCUCCGCAACGUCGUCCUUGCAGUCAUCGUCGGCCAUGACACAAUCUUCAACACCUGUUGCCCAGUCGACAUCUGCCUCAGUGCAAGCCUCCGCAACGUCGUCAUUGCAGUCAUCGUCGGCCGUGACACAAUCUUCAACACCUGUUGCCCAGACGGCAUCUGCCUCAGUGCAAGCCUCAGCAACGUCGUCCUUGCAGUCAUCGUCGGCUGUGACACAAUCUUCAACAUCUGUUGCCCAGUCGACAUCUGCCUCAGUGCAAGCCUCUGCAACGUCGUCAUUGCAGUCAUCGUCGGCCGUGCCACAAUCUUCAACACCUGUUGCCCAAUCGACAUCGACCUCAAUCCAAGCCUCCGCAACGUCGUCAUUGCAGUCAUCGUCGGCUGUGACACAAUCUUCAACACCUGUUGCCCAGUCGACAUCUGCCUCAGUCCAAGCCUCUGCAACGUCGGCAUUGCAGUCAUCGUCGGCCGUGACUCUCUCUUCAACACCUGUUGCCCAGUCGACAUCUGCCUCAGUGCAAACAUCCGUAACGUUGGCAUUGCAGUCAUCGUCGGCCGUGACACAAUCUUCAACACCUGUUGCCCAGUCGACAUCUGCCUCAGUCGAAGCCUCAGCAACGUCGUCAUUGCAGUCAUCGUCGGCCGUGACACAAUCUUCAACACCUGUUGCCCAAUCGACAUCUGCCUCACUCGAAGCCUCAGCAACGUCGUCAUUGCAGUCAUCGUCGGCCGUGACACAAUCUUCAACACCUGUUGCCCAAUCGACAUCUGCCUCACUCGAAGCCUCUGCAACGUCGUCAUUGCAGUCACCGUCAGCCGUGACACAAUCUUCAACACCUGUUGCCCUGUCGACAUCUGCCUCAGUCCAAGCCUCCGCAACGUCGUCCUUGCAGUCAUCGUCGGCCGUGACACAAUCUUUAACACCUGUUGCCCAGUCGACAUCUGCCUCAAUCCAAGCAUCAGCAACGUCGUCCUUGCAGUCAUCGUCGGCUGUGACACAAUCUUCAACACCUGUUGCCCAGUCGACAUCUGCCUCAGUCGAAGCCUCAGCAACGUCGUCAUUGCAGUCAUCGUCGGCCGUGACACAAUCUUCAACACCUGUUGCCCAAUCGACAUCUGCCUCAGUGCAAGCCUCCGCAACGUCGUCCUUGCAGUCAUCGUCGGCUGUGACACAAUCUUCAACACCUGUUGCCCAGUCGACAUCUGCCUCACUCGAAGCCUCUGCAACGUCGUCAUUGCAGUCAUCGUCGGCUGUGACACAAUCUUCAACACCUGUUGCCCAAUCGACAUCUGUCACAGUGCAAGCCUCCGCAACGUCGUCCUUGCAGUCAUUGUCGGCUGUGACACAAUCUUCAACACCUGUUGCCCAGUCGACAUCAGCCUCAGUGCAAACAUCCGCAACGUCGGCAUUGCAGUCAUCGUCGGCCGUGACACAAUCUUCAACACCUGUUGCCCAGUCGACAUCUGCCUCACUCGAAGCCUCAGCAACGUCGUCAUUGCAGUCGUCGUCAGCCGUGACACAAUCUUCAACACCUGUUGCCCAAUCGACAUCUGCCUCAGUCGAAGCCUCAGCAACGUCGUCCUUGCAGUCGUCGUCAGCCGUGACACAAUCUUCAACACCUGUUGCCCAGACGACAUCUGUUUCAGUUCAAACCUCAGCAACGUCGUCAUUGCAGUCAUCGUCGGCCGUGUCACAAUCUUCAACACCUGUUGCCCAGUCGACAUCUGCCCCAGUCCAGGCCUCUGCAACGUCGUCAUUGCAGUCGUCGUCAGCCAUGACACAAUCUUCAACACCUGUUGCCCAAUCGACAUCUGCCUCAGUCGAAUCCUCCGCAACGUCGUCCUUGCAGUCGUCGUCGUCUGUGACACAAUCUUCAACACCUGUUGCCCAGUCGACGUCGGCCUUAGUCCAGGCCUCAGCAACGUCGUCAUUGCAGUCAUCGUCGGCCGUGACACAAUCUUCAACACCUGUUGCCCAGUCGACAUCGGCUUCAGUGCAGUCCUCAGCAACGUCGUCAUUGAAGUCAUCGUCGGCCGUGACACAAUCUUCAACACCUGUUGCCCUGUCGACAUCUGCCUUAGGCCAAGCCUCCGCAACGUCGCCAAUGCAGUCAUCGUCGGCUGUGACACAAUCUUCAACACCUGUUGCCCAAUCGACAUCUGCCUCAGUCGAAGCCUCCGAAACGUCGUCAAUGCAGUCAUCGUCGGCCGUGACACAAUCUUCAACACCUGUUGCCCAAUCGACAUCUGCCUCAGUGCAAGCCUCAGCAACGUCGUCAUUGCAGUCAUCGUCGGCCGUGACACAAUCUUCCACACCUGUUGCCCAGUCGACAUCGGCCUCAGAGCAAGCCUCCGCAACGUCGUCAUUGCAGUCAUCGUCGGCCGUGACACAAUCUUCAACACCUGUUGCCCAGUCGACAUCUGCCUCAGUGCAAACAUCCGCAACGUCGUCAUUGCAGUCAUCGUCGGCCGUGACACAAUCUUCAACACCUGUUGCCCAGUCGACAUCUGCCUCAGUGCAAACAUCCGCAACGUCGGCAUUGCAGUCAUCGUCGGCUGUGACACAAUCUUCAACACCUGUUGCCCAGUCAACAUCUGCCGCAGACCAAGCCUCCGAAACGUCGUCCUUGCAGUCAUCGUCGGCUGUGACACAAUCUUCAACACCUGUUGCCCAGUCGACAUCUGCCUCAGUCGAAGCCUCAGCAACGUCGUCAUUGCAGUCAUCGUCGGCCGUGACACAAUCUUCAACACCUGUUGCCCAGUCGACAUCUGCCUCAGUCCAAGCCUCAGCAACUUCGUCAUUGCAGUCAUCGUCGGCCGUGACACAAUCUUCAACAGCUAUUGCCCAGUCGACAUCUGCCUCAAUCCAAGCCUCAGCAACGUCGUCAUUGCAAUCAUCGUCGGCCGUGACACAAUCUUCCACACCUGUUACUCAGUCGACAUCUGCCUCAGUAGAAGCCUUACCAACGUCGUCAUUGCAAACAUCGUCGGCCGUGACACAAUCUUCAACACCUGUUGCCCAGUCGACAUCUGCCUCAGUCGAAGCCUCAGCAACGUCGUCCUUGCAGUCAUCGUCGGCUGUGACACAAUCUUCAGCACCUGUUGCCCAGUCGACAUCUGCCUCAGUCCAAGCCUCAGCAACGUCGUCAUUGCAGUCAUCGUCGGCUGUGACACAAUCUUCGACAGCUAUUGCCCAGUCGACAUCUGCCUCAGUCGAAGCCUCAGCAACGUCGUCAUUGCAAUCAUCUUCGGCCGUGACACAAUCUUCCACACCUGUUACCCAGUCGACAUCUGCCUCAGUAGAAGCCUCACCAACGUCGUCAUUGCAAACAACGUCGGCCGUGACACAAUCUUCAACACCUGUUGCCCAGUCGACAUCUGCCUCAGUCGAAGCCUCUGCAACGUCGUCAUUGCAGUCAUCGACGGCCGUGACACAAUCUUCAACACCUGUUGCCCAGUCGACAUCUGCCUCAAUCCAAGCCUCAGCAACGUCGUCCUUGCAGUCAUCGUCGGCCCUGACACAAUCUUCAACAGCUAUUGCCCAGUCGACAUCUGCCUCAGUCCAAGCCUCCGCAACGUCGUCAUUGCAAUCAUCGUCGGCCGUGACACAAUCUUCCACACCUGUUACCCAGUCGACAUCUGCCUCAGUAGAAGCCUCAGCAACGUCGUCAUUGCAGUCAUCGUCGGCCGUGACACAAUCUUCAACAGCUAUUGCCCAGUCGACAUCUGCCUCAGUCGAAGCCUCAGCAACGUCGGCCUUGCAGUCAUUGUCGGCCGUGACACAAUCUUCAACACCUGUUACCCAGUCGACAUCUGCGUCAGUCGAAGCCUCAUCAACGUCGUCAUUGCAGUCAUCGUCGGCCGUGGCACAAUCUUCAACACUUUUUCAGUCGGCAACUCCUUCAGUACAAUCAUCCUCAUCAGCAUCACCCUCAAUUCAAUCAACGACCAUCGUGGAAAAUUCUUCAAUAUCAAUAUCCCAGUCGAUAUCUAGUACAACACAACCAACACCGCCGCCCACAAUACAACCAACACCGUCGUCCACAAUGCAAAUGUCAUCGACUCCAUAAAUAAUCUAACUGUACUUGAUCAAUUUGCUACAUUGCAGCCUUCAUCUCGGGACUAAUGCCGUACAGGUGAUGCUAACACCAGCCAGCGCAGGACUAUCAUGGCGAGUCGGCUUCAACGCUGUUCCAGCUAAGUCAUCAUCUACAUUACACGUUGUUUAUUCAUCAUCGGACAAAUCUGCCCACAACACAUUGACCACAAUGACGUCUCAAACUGCAAGGAACAAAAGGAUUGCGUCUCAAUCUGCUGGCAGUAGCAUGUUACGAGCUUCUGUAGGACAUUGCCUCUAUCCCAAACUGCUUGUACCACAAUGACUCACAGUAACUGUUCCACACGCUGCUUGUACCACGAUGACGCACAGUGACUAUUUCACAGGCUGCAUGUACCACGAUGACUCACAGUGACUAUUUCACACGCUGCUUGUACCACGAUGACGCACAGUGACUAUUUCACACGCUGCUUGUACCACGAUGACGCACAGUGACUAUUUCACAGGCUGCUUGUACCACGAUGACGCACAGUGACUAUUUCACCCGCUGCUUGUACCACGAUGACGCACAGUGACUAUUUCACACGCUGCUUGUACCACAAUGACGCACAGUGACUAUUUCACAGGCUGCUUGUACCACGAUGACGCACAGUGACUAUUUCACAGGUUGCUUGUACCACGAUGACGCACAGUGACUAUUUCACAGGCUGCUUGUACCACAGUGAGUCACAGUGACUAUUCUACAAACUGCUCGCAAUACAUUGACUUUGUUCCAAGUGGAUAAACACAUGGCAGGACAGGUUUCGUCUACCAUCGUUAACACCUCUGCGAUGUUUAUAAGAUCAUCCACGACAUCCCCAUUAGCAGCAACGCCAUCAACAACGGAGUUAAUGAGAUGACAGGGGGACAGAAAGUUCGACUUAAUGAGAAUGUGUGUGUACAGCCCAGUGUCAUGCUCUACUGCUCAUCACGGAUCAUACGACGAAAUGAGUUCCGUGUGACUCCGUCCAUUGUGCCCUGACAUGACAAGGAUGCAGUAUAUCAAUGUGUGGAACAAGGAAGUGGAACUGAGGUUAACUGUUUCAAUUUCUUUAAGUUGUGAUGGCAGAACUCUCGUCUUGAUGCUUCGUGAUUCGGCAUCAUAUCGACAUUCACUAGGACUCCUGUCACAAGGAACACCUUGUGCUACGUGUAUUGUAAUCGCCAUUUUUAUACAGAGAUCUACGAUAGACGUAUCGCUACGUUCAGGAGCCUAUUUCAUUAUAUGCAUUGUACAUUCAUCAGUAUUGGAUACAUAAUAUAUCGUUGUCAUACUUACAGUAUUCUGUAUAUAACUCAUAUACCUUCACAAUGUGUGAGAUUUCUAGCUCAUCUGAUAUCAUCUGAAAGUUGAAUCACUGGUGAGGGGCCUAAGAUUCCGACAGUAAUGUACUCAAUGAUGAAUAUCUACUUACACUUAUUAGAUAACAAAUAUAAUAGAAGAUGUUUAUAUUCUUCAACCCAUGUUGGGAUAUUUCAGAAAUAAAUGGCAUUUGAAUUUGGCAUUCUUGGCAAUAGUAAUGUACAGCGCCCAAAAGCCUGUCAAGCUACCACAAAGAGUUGUAUCCCCAACACUGACUCGCCUGUUCGCUGGUUCGAACUUGGUUAGUGGUUUGUGUCCGUCUGUUUAUUGUUGUUACAUAUUAUAAAUAUGUAAAUAUGUAUAUUUCUAAUCAAAGUUGCUACGUCACUUUAUAUACAUUAUAUUAAUAAACUUUAUUAUUAUAACCA